GCAGGAGACCUGGGUUCCAUCCCUGGGUUGAGAAGAUCCCCUGGGGAAGGGAACAGCUAUCCACUCCAGUAUUCUUCUUGGAGAAUUCUAGGGACAGAAGAGCCUGGCAAGCCACAGUCCAUGGGGUCGCAAAAAGUCAGACAUGACUGAGAGAUCAACACACUUAACACACACCAAACCUUCACAGCUGUUGGUUGGAGGCAUGUAUUAAUAGUUUUCUAUUGUUGAUGUAAUCGCUUCUCGGCCUUUUGGCUAAGAUCAAGUGUAGUAUCUAUUGUUGAUGUAACUAAUUACCACAAACUUGAUGACUUAAAACAACGAGAAUUUAUUAGCUUACAGUUCUGUAGGCCAAAAAUGCAACAUGGAAUCAAAUCAAGGUCUCAGGAGGGCUUCAUCCUCUUCCAAAGGCUUUAGGGAAGAAUCUGUUUCCUUGCCUUUUCCACCUUCUAGAGACUGCCCACAUUCCCUGCCUUGGGACUCCCUUCCUCCAUCUUCAAAGCAACACUGCAUCUGUCUGACAGUUCUGUAAUCACAUUUCCCUCUGACCCUUACUUUAGCCAGGAAUGAUCGUGUCAAGGACUUGAGUGUUAGGUUGGGCCCAGCCAGAUAACCCAGGAUAAUCCCUUAUUCUUAGUCACAUCUGCAAAGUCCCUUUUGCCAUGUUAGGUAACAUCCUCACAAGUUCUGGGGUUUAGGAUGUGGACAUCUUUGGGGGACAUUAUUUUGCCUACCACUCAAAUUACAGGUCCUGCCCAUACUCAAGAGAAGGGGGAUUAGAUGAGAGUGUUCAUAAUAGCAAGCAAGGAUCACUGGGCUCUCUUCUGCCAGAGGGUGACUGGCUUUCUUCCCUCACAAGAAGUGAAGCAUCUGAUGGGGCUUUAUCACAAGCAAGUCUUCAUUCUUGCCUUCACCAUCCACCAGUGGCUCCUGAAUAUGAAGGGUUCUUUCAUUAUGAACCUCAGAAACCAACCCUGGCUGACAUAAGCAAGAGGAAAUUUCUUGGAAGGCUGUUGGAGCCCGUGGAAUAGAUGAAAAGCUGGAGAACUGGACUUGGAAAAGACAAGAACUAAAAUGGUUCUGCAUCCUAGGACUUGUAGACCAUGAUUGUGAGACCCUAGCAAGAACAGUCUGGUCCAGAAGCUGCCACUAGGAAGAAUGAAAUGUCAGCUGUCUCUGGUCUAGUUGAUCUACUUAAAGUUUACUUUCAAAAGAGGUAACUCAUUGACUAGCUUGGGUCACAUACACCCCUUGGCAACAUCCCACCACACUGAACUCAGGGGGCGUGAUGGAAUUUCUCAGAAGGAAAUGGAGAUGUGCUGUUAAGAAAGAAAAAAGAUAUCAAGCCACCAAAACUCAACAAAUGCCCCCUGUGUCCUCUGCCUCUCUUUCCUCAACACCAGAAGGAAGUUACUGAUCAGUCAGGGCGGGAUAGCUAUUAUAGCAAGCAUCAUCAAAACGGUAUUGGCUAAACACAUGUUUACUUUUUGCUCACGAAGCAUUCCAGCAUGGAUAUUCCUGGUUAGGGGACUGUCUUGUGGCUCCGCCAUUCCCUUCCGGGCAGUGGGUAGAGGUAGUGUGGAGGGUCGUAUAGGAAGUGUUCAUGGACCAGCCCUGGACCCUUCCGUGCCCCGUCCCAUGCAUUAGCUGGGACAUGGUGUAACACCUACAACCUGUGUGCAUGCUCAGUCACAUCCAACUCUUUGCAACCCCAUGGACUGUAGCCUGCCAGGCUCUUCUGUCCAUGGGAUUUCCUAAGCAAGAAGAGUGGAGUGGGGUGCCAUUUCCUUCUCCAGGAGACCUUCUCAGCCCAGGGAUGGAACCAGCAUCCCUUGUGUCUCCUGCAUUGGCAGGCAGAUUCUUUACCACUGAGCCACCUGGGAAGCCAUCACGUACAACAUAGUGAAAGUGAAGUCGCUCAGUCGUGUCCGACUCUUUGCGACACCAUGGACUGUAGCCCCCCAGGUUCCUCAGUCCAUGGAAUUUUCCAGGCAGGAGUACUGGAGUGGGUUGCCAUUUCCUUCUCCAGGGGAUCUUCCCAGCCCAAGAAUCGAACCCGGGUCUCCUGCAUUGCAGGCAGAUGCUUUACUGUCUGAGUCACCAGUAGUGCAAAUAAAGAACCAUAAGUUGUGAGCAGUAGAUUAUCCACUUAUUAGUAAUUAUUCCUAGAGACUGGCCUGCCAUCUGUAUAUAAUGUCCAGGCUAAAAUUACUAAAGGCAUUGUUGGGAGCCGCCAGGAGGAGAAAGGAACCUACAAGGCAGCUCUUCCCCUCGAGGUUGUCCCAGGAGCCCGGUAUGUCCAUUUCUUCCUUCUGUCUUACUGUUGUUGGGCUUUCUAUUAAUCUUUGGAAAUGAUAAUUUAUAGUAAUUAGGCCUUGCUGGAAAAGUCCAAGUCUUUUUGGAAAUGCUUAAGAUUGCUCUGGCUCAGGACACGACCAUAAACAUCAAGUCAUAAAAGAAAAGGCCACAGGUAUAGUUUGGCUGCUUGCUUAAAAGAUUAUAAUGUUCUAGAAUAGAAAAGAGUAGAGGUGUUUAGAUUUAGAAGUAGAUACACUGUUUUAGUUUACUUGCUCCUUGAUUGAAAGGGUUUUCACUAUUGCUGUUUCCUUGCUGCUAUUUGUUCAUUGUUUCCCUUUCUUUAAACAACAUGGGAUAUUAUGGGUAUUUUUGUAAAAUUAGAAAAUGGGGUAUAUAGGAUUUUAAUAGAAGACUUAUAUUAACCAGCUUUACUGCCAUUAUCUUACUAUUAAUAGAGGUGUUUUGCUGCUUUAGAGGUGUUUUUGCUGUUUAAUAGUUAAUCGUUGUAAAUUGAGAUUUUGUGGUUUCAGGUAAAGAAAAAUAUCAGGUUUUUCUCAUGGUACUAUUUUCAGAAAUGUCAAACAUGUUACUAUAACCCUUCCCAUGUAUUGUUUUAUUGUCCAAAGAAUUUACACCAUACCUGAGAUUUAUGAAACAUUGUUUUUGUUAGAGUGAGACUGUUAGGCCAUUGAGGCAAGAAGAUUAUGUACAGGAUAUUUAAGUUUAAACCCUGUAAUUAGAAACGUUCUAGAUGAAUGCUUAGGGGAAAAACAUGGGGAAAAAAUUAUUGACGGAAGCACAAACCAGUAUCUGAUGUAAUAUGUGGUGGCUUAAGGGGGAGGUAACAUUCAUUCUAUAAAAACUGAGCUAUCCUAAAAAUAAAAAAAGAAGCUACCUCUUCCAUGCAACCGUCUGUGUGUGUGUGUCUGUCUGUCUUCUCUCGCCAAUGCCGUUCAUCCUGAGGGUUCCCCUGGAUCCUACUGGGGCUGGACCCCGGCAAGGCAUCAUUUGUGAUAAACUUUUUUGUAUAGGAUUUAUGUAUUUCCAGGUUUCCUCCUGAGACGGUUAAGGUAUCACUCCUUCAGUAGGCUGAAUUGAGUACCUACUAUGAGCCUGACUGCAAGAAACUCAAAGGCCAUUCAAACCCAAAACACUGUCAAUGAAUCUUGGCUGGCUUCACAUAGGGGAUCAUUUAAGAUGAGCUUUAAAGGUUGGAUAGGAGUUUGCCAGAGAGGAGGGCUGUUGGAGGCAUUCUGGACAAGGACAGUACAUGUUCCUCUCUGAACAAACAUGGGUCCGGUGACCACUGCGUGCCUACUAUUAGGCCAGGCCCUGAAGAUACAGUGGUGACCCCAGACAGAUGGGGACCCUGCCCUCACAGAAAGAGACCACUGCUGAAGAAUCAGUGCAGGUUCUCCAGGGAAGAACACUGGAGUGGGUUGCCAUGCCCUCCUCCAGGGGAUCUUCUCAACCCAGGGAUCAAACCCGUGUCUCUGAUGACUCCUGCAUUGCACCCUUCAGACUGAGCUGCCUGGCCCAAUGGCAGGGCCCAGUGCGCUCUGGGAGGCCCUCCAGGCCCUCCUGCCCCACACGAAAGAGGAGCUGAAGCUGGAGCUGGGAGAGAAGGUGGAGGGCAGCGUGGUGAUGCUGCUGCAGGAAGCCGCCGAGCUCUUCCAUGGGGGCCAGCGGCGCGAGUGUCUGCAGACCUGCGAGGUGCUCCUGGACUACUCCUGGGAGAAACUGAACACGGGGCCCUGGCAGCACGUGGACAAGGACUGGCGGCGGGUGUACGCCUUCGGCUGCCUCCUGAAAGCCGUGUGUCUGUGCGAGCCGCCUGGGGACGCUGCCUCCGUGGCCGCCGCCCUGAAAGCCUGUGACAUGGGCCUGCUGAUGGGGGCGGCCAUCCUCGGGGACAUCCUCCUCAAAGUCGCCACCGUCCUCCAGAAGCACCUGCUGUCCGGAAAGAGGCCUGCCCCCGGCCUGAGCCAGGAGCUGCCCAGCAUAAAGAAAGCGAGGGAUGACCAUGUGCCAAUUCCAGAUGUGACGACAGAAAGAACAGUGCCCCGGCUUCACUGUCCAUCCCUCCAGUAUUUCAAGAAGCAUUUUUUGGUUCCAGGGAGGCCUGUGAUUUUGGAAGGCGUGGCCAACCACUGGCCAUGCAUGAAGAAGUGGAGUCUGGAGUACAUCCAGGAAGUUGCUGGCUGCCGCACCGUCCCCGUGGAGGUCGGGUCCAGGUACACGGAUGAGGAGUGGUCCCAGACGCUCAUGACAGUCAACGAGUUCAUCAACAAGUACGUCAGGAAUGAGCCAAAGGACGUGGGGUACCUUGCUCAGCACCAGCUCUUUGACCAGAUCCCGGAGCUGAAGCAGGACAUCAGCAUCCCCGAUUACUGCUGCUUGGGCGACGGGGAGGAAGAGGAGAUCACCAUCAACGCCUGGUUCGGUCCACAAGGCACCAUCUCCCCGCUCCACCAGGAUCCCCAGCAGAACUUCCUAGUCCAGGUGAUGGGCAGGAAGUACAUCCGGCUGUACUCCCCACGGGAGUCGGAGGCGCUGUACCCCCACGACACACACCUUCUUCACAACACGAGCCAGGUGGACGUGGAGAACCCCGACCUGGAGAAGUUCCCCAGGUUUGCCGAGGCCCCCUUCCUGUCCUGCGUCCUGUCCCCGGGCGAGGUCCUCUUCAUCCCGGUGAAGCACUGGCAUUACGUGCGGGCCCUGGACCUGAGCUUCUCCGUCAGCUUCUGGUGGUCGUAGCCGAGAGCAGGGGGCCGGGCACACACAACGCACGUGUGGUCACACGCAUCCUUCACACUGUGCCCGGCCCAGGGACCAGCUGCCUAAGGACACCUUUGUCAGAGACACGCAGGCCCAGGGGUGGCCCGGCCGCUGUGGGAGGCAGGCGGGACCCCGGAAGGACAGUCCAGGUCCACAACCCGCAUGGAAGCGCCUGGACUCCGAGCUGGCUGCCUGGACUCAGGCCCAGCCCCGCCGCUGAACGGCUGUGUGGUUUGGAGCAGGCAGCUCUGCUGUCCGCAUCUCCAUCUGGCAAACAGGGUGGUGCUGGUCCUCCCCAGAGGGCUCCAGGGAUGGGACACGGGUGGAGCUGUGCUGCAGACCUCAGCGGCUGUCACCAGGCUUCAUCAUUAGUUCAGUUGUUAACACCGUUCUGUGCUGACUGGUCCGUCAGGACAGCCACGACCUGCAGGCUCUGGAGCGCGGUGGCCGUGGCCUGGUUACAGGGGCAGGGAUCCUCAGUGUCUUGCUCAGCUCAGGCCUUUGCUGGGCGGUGGGAAGUCUGGGGUGGUUUCUGUCUCUGUUACCGAAGUGUAACCUGCCUUCAGAGAAGUGCUCACCCCCGCUCGCUUGGUGGAUUUUCCACUCCACACCCUCCCACCGACCAGUUUCCAGUCAAGAAACAGAACGUCUGGUAGGCCACCCUCCUGCCCCUUGCUGUCUCCAUCAUCCAGGGGUCACUACUCUCCGAAGAGGGUUUUAGGUCAGGAGAGACCCAGGCUUCAGACUUUGCAUAAACACAUUUGUUUUGGUUGUAUAAAACAUGGUUGGUUUUGAGUUUUGACCAAGUGAGGAUGCCGGGGGCGGGGGUAUCACAGACCUGCAAGAGGAAGCCCGGGGCCAGACCUCCACCCACCAGGCCGCCUUCCCUCCCCCACCACGCAUGUCUGCUGGUCUGGCCUUGGUUUCCGUCCCUCCUCUCUUGCAGGUGGGUAGCUUUCUCCCCUGGGGGAGAUGGCCCCAGCAGGUCAACUUCAGAUCCCUGUACCUCGACCCAGCUCAGAAACCCCAGGGAGGGUUCUGACCGGUGGGCCUGGGACCUGGGCCCACCCAGGGGCAACGCCAGGAUGCCGGGGUAGCCGCUCUGAUUGGUGAGACCUGUCUCACAAGCCUCCUCCCUCAACCCCCCUCCAGUUACUGGGAGGAGAGGGGAUAGAAAGAAUUGAUGGGCAACCAAACUAGCUCUUAAUGUCCUCUGUAAUAGGGCCAAGGAAUUUGAACCUCACCAUGUAGGUAUGGAUGUGAGAGUUGGACGGUGAAGAAAGCUGAGUGCCGAACAAUCGAUGCUUUUGAACUGUGGUGUUGGAGAAGACUCUUGAGAGUCCCUUGGACUGCAAGAAGAUCCAACCAGUCCAUCCUAAAGGAGAUCAGUCCUGGGUGUUAAUUGGAAGGACUGAUGUUGAAGCUGAAACUCCAAUACUUUGGCCACCUGAUGUGAAGAGUUGACUCAUUGGAAAAGACCCUGAUGCUGGAAGGGAUUGGGGGCAGGAGGAGAAGGGGACGACAGAGGAUGAGAUGGUUGAAUGGCAUCACUGACUCGAUGGACAUCGAUUUGGGUAAACUCCGGGAGUUGGUGAUAGACAGGGAGGCCUGGUGUGCUGCGAUUCAUAGAGUCGCAGAGUCAGACGCGACUGAACUGAACUGAACUGAACUGAUGUAGGUCUUGGGGCUUCAGAGUUUUGAGUGGAGAGACCUUAAGGAUAGGCCUUAGAGGAAGCUGCCUCUUGGCCGGGAGGAGGGGCUGAUUCUGUGAGUGAGCCCAGGCCAAGGUCUGGCCUGAUGGAUGGGGAAAUAAGAGAGCCAUUUAGAAAGGAGCCAAGGGCUCUGAGCAGGUGCUCAUGAGGUCGUUUAUUCCCCUACCCAGCAAUAUCAAUAGUUAUUUACCUGAUUUUUUCAUAUGAAGAAUUUAUAGUAAAUAACACUGCCGAAGGUAGCGAGGCAUAAAAUAGGAAAGCCACCAUGUCUGCAGGCUCACCACCAGUGAGGAGCGUGGCCGCCGGGCCGCAGACGAGCUGUUGCUCCGGAGCUGCCCGUGGAGCCCUCGCCCCUCCCCGGCUCCAGCUCCCACGGCAGCCCGGUCCUGCUCUGAGCCGCGGAUGACGGACGAGAAGCGGGUCAUCUGUGUUCCGGUUCUGAAGUUAGGGACUAGAGGAAAUGUUCUUUAGAACAUAUCGAGGGCUGGCCACCUGAGCAGAUGUCCCUUGUCAGAUGAGGACGUCACAGUAGACAUCUGAGUAGAAGCCUGACGGACCUGGAAUCCGGAACUGACAGUGAGACCCGAGGAAGGCGCGCCCCGCAGCAGGUGCAGGAGCCCUGAGGCAGGAACGCCUUGGCCUCAGGAGCAAGGAAGGGGCCCGCGCUGCGCUGGCGAGGGCGUGUGGCAUCAGCAGGGCCUGGACUGUCCCAGGGCAGGAGGGACGAGGUCUGCUGGAGCUGCCCUGUGAUGAGGGCCAGAAGGGGGAGGCUCGAGACCCGAUGAGCAGUGAGUGUCCCUGGUCCAGUGAUCCCUGGGGUGACAAGGUCAGGGCACCAGCGGGAGCGCCGGGCGGGGGAGGACAGGCUGUGCUGAGGGGUGGGCAGAACGGAUCACACGGGCCCUGAGUGCCUGUGAAUUGGGGGUCGGGGUCCCCAGAAGUUCACGCUGGUGACUACGCAGGGGAGAUGGCAGCAGGAUGGCACCCAGCAGCAGGUGCUCAGCGCUUCCUCUGCACGGGCUUGGCGCGACCCUGCCUCCUCGACUGCCCAGCCCCCUGCUCGGACAGGCAGCAGGCCACGGGGCGCUGCUCUGCUCCGGGCCCCCCGGCCUCCUGGCCCCUUGCCUAGCACAGCACCCUGGAGGACCCCCUCUCCCCAGGGGUGCCGCCUUGGAGGGUGCGGCGGCUGGGGCUACCUGCAUCUUGAGGGCGCGGCGGAGGAUGGACGGAACAGUGGGAGCUGCUGUUUGGUGCCCACCAUGGCCAGGGAAGGGGUCUCACCAGGCAGAACGCCCAAGCGCAGGAGUGUCUUUUCUGGGGCAGCUCUCCUGACUUGCUGUGCUCUCAGCGAGCUUCCUCAGAGCCUUGAGAGAAAUCCCUUUUCUGGGUAGGCUGAUAGGCAUGGUUUCUGUGAUGUGCCUGGCACACACCCCAACCUCCCCCCCACACUAGUCGGGGCUCCUACAGGGCUUCACGAAGGCUUGCAUUUGCUCUCAGAAGGCCGGGCCAAGGUCCAGCCUGGACCUGGGUCACACUCCAUACCCGUCGACGGAGAUGAAAUCGGGCAGAAUG